UAAUCAAAGAAAAAUUUUAGAAAUGGAAACAAUCACAAAGAAUCCCAAACCCAUAAUCUAUCUCUUCCUUCACGAUUAAAUCUAUCUUUCCCUCACUACUCAAAUUUCUCCAUAAAAAUCCCAGACCCAUAGUUUAUCUUUUCCUCUCUAUUGCCAAUGGAUCUAGAUUCCCCAGCAACCUUGUGUUCGUGCAAGCUAACCCAAGGAUCCGAAACCCAUUUUCACACUUGACAAGUUAACCCAGAUCUGCACAAAGAAGUGAUUCAAGGGACCAAAACAUAUGCAACUUCUAAAAUAACAAGAGACUUGUUAAAUGCUUCUCAGUAAAAUCAGAAGAAAAUCACAAGCCAAAAGAAAAAAAAAAAAAAAUUACAACAGCAAUAGAGAGCCUGGAUAUUUGGGUUCCUCACACAACAACGAGAAACCUCACACUGAUUCCUUUUCAAUUUUCCCUCAAUUGCCAACUUUCGAACUCCUCUCCAUUUCAUCUCUUUCCUUUCUCAAUUUUGCAACUUCGGUUCAUAGUCGAGGCUCUUGAUGUCCGAUUUGGUGAUGGAUAGAGGUGAUUUUGAUGGAGCCGACCAAAACAAAAAUGAAAAGUCAUCAGAGAAUGGGAUGAUGAUCGGAGAUGAGAGAGAAGUGAGAGAGGGAAAGUGGGGGCAGAACAUGUUAGGGUUUGCAGAAUGUGAAGAUAUAGAAUGUUUCCUUGAUUAAAUUAUAAAAAAAAUAAAUUUCUCAAAUGAUAUAAUAAGACUGAUUAAUUAUGUUCAAUGAACAAAAAUGCUGUGGUUAUGUUCAUAUGGAAUAAUAGAUGUAAUAAUAUGGUACUAUCUCUCUUUUUUUCUUUUUUUCUUUUUUUUUUUUUGAGAGGUCAUAUAUGUAUAGUACCAUCUUAGAUUCAUGAUCUCCAUGGACAUGCACUUUUAUGAUUUCAAAAGAAUGAACAUUUUACAUAUUG